AUGUAUUUUAUUUUAUGGAAAGAAAUUUUUGCGCUUUAUUGUUGGUAUUAUUUUAUUUUUUCGAAAUUUAAAGUAAUGAUGAGAUCUAGAGGAGUUAAUUAUAGAGUGAGAUAUAUUUUAAUAGAAUCUUUGAUUCUUCAAUCAAAAUACAGCCUAUUUAUUCGAUAUCUUAGGAAGACUUUAGCUCAUCCACAUUGUGAGAUAUUUUCACUCUAUUUCGACUAA